UUUAGUCGUUCAACAAAUAGUUACUACAGGUCGGCUGUGUACCAGGAGCUGGAAAUCAGGCAAUGAACAGGACUGGCAAAGUCUCUGUUCUCAUGGAAGAGACUGACAACACACAAAUAAGGAAACAAGCAAGGAAGUAUCAGCUAAGUGCCGCUUGGAAAAUCAAACCAGUGUGCCGGUCCAACAAAAGCCCCUGGGUCUGUUUGACUUGUUCGAGUGUCCACUGUGGAAGGUAUGUGAAUGGCCAUGCAAAAAAACAUUAUGAAGAUGCACAAACACCCUUAACCAACCAUAAGAAAUCAGAAAAGCAAGAUAAAGCUCAGCACACAGUGUGUAUGGAUUGCAGUAGCUACAGUACAUACUGUUAUCGCUGUGAUGAUUUUGUGGUUAAUGACACCAAGCUGGGACUGGUACAGAAAGUCAGAGAACACUUACAGAACUUGGAAAACUCAGCUUUCACAGCUGACAGGCAUAGGAAAAGAAAACUCUUGGAAAACUCAUCACUAAACAGCAAAUUAUUAAAAGUAAAUGGAAGCACCACUGCCAUUUGUGCCACGGGCCUUCGGAAUUUGGGGAACACAUGUUUCAUGAAUGCUAUUCUUCAGUCACUCAGUAACAUUGAGCAGUUUUGCUGUUAUUUCAAAGAACUGCCCGCUGUGGAGUUAAGGAAUGGGAAAACAGCAGGAAGACGAACAUACCACACCAGGAGCCAAGGGGAUAACAAUGUGUCUUUGGUGGAAGAGUUUAGAAAAACACUCUGUGCUUUAUGGCAAGGUAGCCAGACUGCAUUUAGCCCAGAGUCCUUAUUUUAUGUUGUUUGGAAGAUUAUGCCGAAUUUUAGGGGUUAUCAGCAGCAGGAUGCCCACGAAUUCAUGCGCUACCUUUUGGACCACCUGCACUUGGAGCUCCAGGGCGGUUUCAACGGUGUUUCCCGCUCAGCAAUUCUGCAGGAGAAUUCUACUCUGUCUCCAAGUAACAAAUGUUGCAUAAAUGGAGCAUCUACGGUUGUCACGGCUAUAUUCGGAGGCAUUCUCCAAAAUGAGGUUAAUUGCCUCAUAUGUGGGACAGAAUCUAGAAAGUUUGAUCCAUUCCUAGACCUUUCAUUAGAUAUUCCAAGUCAGUUCAGAAAUAAGCGCUCUAAGAAUCAAGAAAAUGGACCAGUUUGUUCAUUACGAGAUUGUCUUCGAAGUUUUACCGACUUAGAAGAACUUGAUGAGACAGAGUUAUAUAUGUGCCACAAAUGCAAAAAGAAACAAAAGUCCACUAAAAAGUUUUGGAUUCAAAAACUACCCAAGGUGCUAUGCUUACAUUUGAAAAGGUUUCACUGGACAGCCUAUUUAAGAAACAAAGUUGAUACAUAUGUAGAAUUUCCACUGAGAGGCCUAGACAUGAAAUGCUACUUACUAGAGCCUGAGAACAGCGGCCCGGAGAACUGCCUGUACGACCUCGCUGCCGUGGUGGUGCACCAUGGUUCCGGGGUCGGUUCUGGACAUUACACAGCAUAUGCAACUCACGAAGGUCGCUGGUUCCAUUUCAAUGACAGUACUGUAACACUGACUGAUGAAGACACCGUUGUGAAGGCAAAGGCCUACAUCUUGUUUUAUGUGGAACGUCAGGCCAAAGCUGGAUCCGAUAAACUUUAAUACCUCCUCUAAAUCAUUAUUUGUCAACUAUGCCGGACAAACAUUUCCAAUUUUCCAUAAAUACUUGAUCCAAGAUUUAAUUUCAUUAUGCACUUUUCAAUUUCCUAUUUUGGGUUUAGUUUUAUUUUGUCAAUGGUAGUGACUUAUUGAAGAUGGGCACCAACUAAUUUUUUUUUAGUUCUACCAGGAAACCUCAGCAGAUAUUUUGAUUUGCUGCUUUAGUUGUAAUAACUCAGUUUUUUAUGUAGUUUGAAGAACUUAGUUCUAUUUGACUUUUUAUAUUAGUCUUCAGUUCUCACUUCGAGGCACAUUUGCAUCACUGCUUCGUUACUCUCACGUGCUGGAAGCAGGCUGCGCUCCCAAGUGUGGCGAGCGCCGUGCUGUCUGCGCCUUCCACGGCUUCAUGGAGAUGAGGCGGCUCCAAAUCAAGGAUCAUGUGUACACGCGAUUUCAGCGACUGCUCAGUAAUCAUUCUUUUUGCUUGUAAAAGGUAACUGAGAGGGCGUCUGUAAGUAGACCAGGUAAUUGCUGCUCUUGGUGUCUCUCAAGGUUGCUGUUUAUCAGCACUAAGUCAAUAAAUUUGUUGGGUCAGUUGUACCUGUACUGCAAAUCCAAAAA